AUGCUGCAUGCUGUGGCCGACGAGCGGGCUGGGCAGGGCGCCGGGGAGGGCGCCAACGUCUUCCUCGAGUUCGUCCAGGGCGCAUGCCGGGAGGAAGCCGAGAAGGUGAACUUCUUUUUGAACUUCGUUGCCGAGCUCACCGAGAGGGUCUACGAGUCGGACGGGGUUUGGCCAGACGUCGGGAAGGUGGCCGGGCCCGCCCUACCUCGACCUCCGCGGCUGCAGCUGGUUCCUGAGGCAUCCGAGGCGCACGUCCCAGCUCGCCGACGCGGCGGAGGUUGGGAGUGCCAGAGGUGCGGCAAGAGAUCCACGACAGCGCAGGCGCUGCGGGACGAGCGAUGCGUAGGUCACGCGGCGGCGCGGCUCCAUGUGCAGCUGGCCGGCGCGCGGGUCACCAGCCAUGGCCACCACCUGUGGCGGACUGCGGGGGUGGUCUGGUGCUGCAGGUGUGGGCGUAACGUCGAGCGCCACCUGGUGAAGCUGCGGGAACGGUGCCCUGGCCGCCCGGCGCAGCCAUGGAAGCUCGCCAACCUGAAGGCAGGGAGCGCCCCCAAGGCCCGCGCGACCGACCCGCCCCUUGGCCGGCCCGUCCCCCUGACGUAG